CUCACCAUGGAUGCUACAAUUUACCAGAUUAUUUUUGGAGAGUUUGGAGACCCGAACUGUAGUUUGAUAGAUGCUUUCCAAGACACUUUUUUUGAAAACGCAUCCUUCUCGUUGCUGAGCGGUGAUGGUUCAUAUUGCAAUGCCACAACCGAUGAGAUUGGGACCUGCUGGCCACGGAGCAACGCCGGGCGGAUUGUGGAGAGACCCUGCCCCGAGUACAUCAAUGGGGUGAAGUACAACACCACGAGGAGUGCAUUCAGAGAAUGCAUGGAUAAUGGGACAUGGGCUCUGAAGAGCAAUUACUCCAAUUGUGAGCCCAUUUUGGAGGAAAAGAGGAAAUAUCCAAUGCAUUAUAAAAUAGCACUGAUCAUCAACUACCUAGGCCACUGUAUCUCUGUGGGAGCGCUAGUGGUGGCCUUCAUUCUCUUCUUAUGCUUAAGGAGCAUACGAUGCCUCCGAAACAUCAUCCACUGGAACUUGAUCACCACCUUCAUUUUGAGGAAUGUCAUGUGGUUUCUGCUUCAGCUGAUCGACCACAAUAUCCAUGAGAGCAAUGAGCCCUGGUGUCGACUAAUUACAACAAUAUACAACUAUUUUGUGGUGACAAAUUUUUUCUGGAUGUUUGUUGAGGGGUGCUACCUUCACACCGCCAUUGUAAUGACUUAUUCCACGGAUAAGCUCAGAAAGUGGGUCUUCCUUUUCAUCGGAUGGUGUAUUCCUUGCCCUAUAAUUGUUGCCUGGGCUAUUGGAAAGCUCUACUAUGAAAAUGAACAAUGCUGGUUUGGCAAGGAACCUGGAAAAUAUAUCGACUAUAUUUACCAAGGACCGGUCAUUCUUGUUCUUCUGAUAAACUUUGUUUUCCUCUUCAACAUAGUAAGAAUUCUUAUGACCAAACUGAGAGCCUCCACCACAUCUGAAACAAUACAGUACAGAAAAGCAGUGAAAGCGACACUGGUGCUGUUACCUCUGCUGGGAAUCACCUACAUGCUCUUCUUUGUCAACCCUGGGGAGGAUGACAUUUCACAGAUAGUUUUCAUCUACUUCAACUCUUUUUUACAGUCCUUUCAGGGGUUCUUUGUGUCGGUAUUUUACUGCUUUCUAAAUGGGGAGGUCCGAUCGGCAGUGAGGAAAAGGUGGCACCGUUGGCAGGACAACCACGCCCUCCGAGUGCGAGUGGCUCGAGCCAUGUCCAUCCCCACAUCUCCAACCAGGAUCAGCUUCCAUAGCAUCAAACAGACCACGGCGGUGUGA